AUGGGGAACGGCAUCGGAGGGUCGAAGAAAAAGGCCAAGAUUAUGAAAGUCAACGGAGAAACGUUCAAGCUGAAGGUGCCGGCGACGGCCACGGACGUGCUGAAAGAUUAUCCGGCGGGUUACGUUCUGCUCGAAUCGAAAACAGUGAAGAGAUACGGUGUCCGGGCCCCCGAAUUAGAGCCCGGGGAGGAAAUUAGGCCCGGGAAGACUUACUUUCUGCUGGAGAUGCCCAAAUUUCCGGAGCCCCGAACGAGAAGGUCCAGAUCCGUGGUGUAUAGGAGCGGCGCCGAGGAGCGGCUUGAUGGGUUGAUGCUGAGGCGGCAAAAGUCGUCGGCUCUUGAAAUGGUUUCCGGUUCGGGUUUGGGUUUGGGUUCGGGUACGGGUUCGGAUUCGGUUCGGGUCAGGUUGAGGAUACCGAAGGCCCAGAUGGUGAAGAUGAUGAGAGAGAGUAAAGAUGAAGGAGAGGUGACUGAGAGAAUUGUUGAUCUUUGUUUGCAGAAAUCUAGGAGUAGUAAUAAUGGAUCACAAUCUGUCUUCAGCCAUUGA